AUCAGAGUUUGCAGAACUUUGGGGGACCUGAGAAGGGGUGUCCCCUGGACAGGACACGGGUGUCUGUGGCUUACGGGCUUUUGGAAGGACAGGGAGAGGGAAACGGGGGAUCCCAGUGGCCUGCUUCAGGGCCACCCAGUCGCCCUCUCCGCACACAGCUCUCCGAUCCAGCUUGUUCGUCCAGCCUGGGGUGGACACGUGCACGUGCUGCGAUCUCAAGCGGGCUUGGCAUUUUAUUUGGAAGGUAAAACUCUGCAAAGAAAAUGCCUGGCACUUCUAUCUCCGGUAACUCCUCUCAAGGUUUAUUGCUGCUUGUUCAUCGCCGCAGUUCUGACCACAAGUGUGGUUGCGCUUCCCAUUGUUUUGUCAGUUUUAGCCAGGAAAGAAAAGCCUGUGAUAGAGUCACCUAAGUACGCCGCUUGCCCAAAAAGCUGGAUUGGAUUUGGGAGUAAAUGCUUUUAUUUUUCUGAAGACACAAGAAAUUGGACAUUCAGUCAAGUCUUCUGUGUCUCAUUAGAAGCCAGCCUCGCUCAGUUUGCAACUGUGGAAGAACUGAAUUUCCUGAAAAGAUACAAAGGCCCUUCUGACCAUUGGAUUGGCCUUAGAAGAGAAUCAUCCGACGACAUUUGGAGGUGGACAGACAACACAGAACAUAAUAACACGUUUCCUAUCAGAGGAGUUGGAGAAUGUGCCUACCUGAAUGACAAUGGAGUCAGUAGUGCCAGCAUCUACACAGAUAGAAAAUGGAUUUGUAGCAAGCCAAACAGUUAUGUCUACAGUUGCCAAAUUAGAAACUCUUUACAGAAUUUCCCUAUGGAUGCAUCAUAACUUGUUGUAUGUAGCUGCCGUGUAUAACAGCUGGAGACACCUGGAUAUGCAGGCAGGAGACUGCUGUAGGGGGGGGUCCCUCCUCAAGAACCUCUAUGAGGGCAGUGCAGAGACCCCACCGGGGCGCUACCUGGUGGAGCGGUGAAAAGAGAGCCACCAUCCUGUGGCACAGUUUAGUACUUUGUUGAUAUAAAGAAACUUAUUUUUGUCA